ACAGACUCCUACAACAAAGACGACGAAUCAACCCCUCUUCGGUUGUUGCUACUUCUUAAUAGGAAUAAAACACCUACAGGAUCAGGGGCCAAAGGACUUUGCUGGACUUUUUGUGUCUUGUCCACCUGUGUUGUGUCUUUCGCUUUGGGAGUUAACUAAAUCUUUUGAUGGGGGAGAAUCUCCCGAGGGUGCCAGGAGGAGCUCAACUCCACAGUGACACUUUGCGUAGACCGGUGCGGACCCUCAGGGUUAAGAUGGUGAUUCUGGGAAGUUCUGGUGUGGGGAAGUCAAGUUUGGCACUGCGAUUUGUCAGAGAUGAGUUCAGGAGUCCAUCACCUACUGUAGGCUGUGCCUACCUGACCCGGGUGGUGCAUCUGAGUGACGUCACUCUUCGUUUUGAGAUAUGGGACACGGCGGGGCAAGAAAAAUACCACAGUGUCACCCCACUGUACUAUAGAGGAGCCCACGCUGCACUCGUGGUCUAUGAUAUCAGCAAAAGAGAAACGUUUGUCAGAGCUCAAGUGUGGCUCAAAGAGCUGGAGAAACAGUACAUCCCAGGAUCUACUGUCAUGUGCCUGGUUGGCAACAAGGGAGAUCUGGAUCAGGAGAGGCAAAUCUCAGUGCAGGAGGGGCAAGCUCUGGCCAGUGACAGGAGUUUAUUCUUUACAGAGACAUCAGUCCUGUCAGGGGAUCAAAUCAGUGAGCUGCUGCUAGGUAUAGCCCACAGAGUGUAUGAGUGUAUUGGAGGACAGCAGGGAGGUCUGUCAGAGUGGAAGGAGACACCACUCAUUGAUCUGCAUCGUAGAGACACAUUCACUCCUUUUGCAUCCUGCUGCAAAAUUGGGCCCUGACCUGUGUGACUGUUGAUCCUGUUGCUGCCUGCUUCAUUUCUCGGUUUGUCUUGAUUAGUUUAAAGCCGCUCCAGGUUGGUCAGCUGGAAUCAAAAAAUUCUCAAAUCCACCAAAAGGCUUAGAGAAGUCGUUUUACUUCACAGUUAUUGUGGCUAAAAGCUAUUGAGCUAAGGGUGUAUAUUACAUCCUACAUGUAUUCUAGACCCUACGCCUCAGUGGUCUCCCAAGCAGACUUCAUCUGAGUGAGUGUACUUACUGUAUUUUAACUGCCAAAACCUUGUAUGGAUUUCCACUGUGCAACAAUAAGCUGCAUUCUGCUGUUCAUUUUAACCUGGAUGGCUGGGAACUGAAAGAGCACAAAAAUGUUCUGAACUUGAAUAAUUGUAAUCAUAAAGAAAACUCUAAAAUGUCUAAAAUAGGUAAUAUUUUUACUUAGUAUGACUCUUUGUCUUACUGUUGACUCCUUAGUCCCAGUUUAUGGUCAAUUGAACCAGUGAGAUUAUUGUUUUUAAAGGAAUAGUUGAACAGGAAGCAGGGGAAACAGAUAGGCUGGAUCUGUCCAAAAUGAAAAAAAUACUAAAAACUCAUAUGUAUGUAAUUGUAUCAUAUUUGUUGACCAGUACAAAAAAUGUAAAAAAAAAAACAGCUUGUGAUUUUAGAGGGGGUUGUAUGCUGGAACAAUUUCUUGGCAAAGUCUAGUCACAGAGGAGCUUUCAGGUUUCUGAACAAUGUACCUGUACAGAAACAUCUGGCAGAGUGUCUGGCGACCUGCACUAAAACCAGAGACGCUGAGAUGUCGAUCAGAUAAACUGUUGUAUGUCAGGAAACUUUCAAAACAUAACAAAUAGUUUACAUUUCUGCAUUUCUACUGCAAAAAGGAGAUAUAACAUUUCUUCAUUUUUUUUUUUUUUUUUUUACAGCUGCAUUAAUUCUUUUGUGUGUUUUUUAGACCAGGAAGUGUCGCUGUUGCAUGCUUUUUUAAUAUGUGCUUAAAUGUAGAUUGUUUUUUUCAAGCAUCUGCUGUGGAUAAAAUACACAUCACUAUACAUGACAACAAUCAUUAAUAACACAAAUAAAGUCCCUAUUCAUAAAUAACAUUAGGAUUGAAAAGACUCUUGGCCUUUGUACUGUAUGUUGCGUACUGAAGCUCCCAUAUAAAGUGACUUUUCUCCCCUGCAGUCGUAGUUGCUCUAUAUAAACUAUUCUCUCAUGUUUUCUCCAUACUCCAUGGGGGUUUCUCUGCAUGAUGCUUCUAAGCGUUGACUUUUUACUGCUCUGUGAUUUAAAACAUUGCACAGAUCUUAGGUAACAAAUCAUCAGUGAAAAGGAGCUUUAUUGUGCUGAUUGAAACCAAGCUUCUGUGGGGCCAGAGGGGCCGCUUCUCCUUGUUUGGUUUGAAAGCUUCACUGAGACAAAGAAACACCUCACAUUGAGAAGAUGAAAUGCAGCAACAAAAAAAAAGGGAUGAUUUGGUUAUCAUUAUGAGUGUAUAAAUCUUGUGAAUAAAAAAAACAACCCUCUGCCCUGCUGUUUCAGAUUUUGCAGAUGUUGCGCAAUCCUAUUGAAUGAUCUCAAAAGUCAAAAGUGUAAUUUUGUACUGUUGAACUAUAAAUGCAAGUGGAAAUAAAACACUGAAGAAAUGAA